GAAAAUAUGGAGGAUGCGGGCAUCGAUCCCGCUACCUCUCGCAUGCUAAGCGAGCGCUCUACCAUUUGAGCUAAUCCCCCAGUGUCAGAAUCUUUAGGUACAGUAUUAAACUACUUUACUUCUCACCCCUGCCGCUCAAUAAAGCCUAUGACAGAGUCCAGUCCUGGAAAUAGAACAAAGCAGCAGCAUGUCGGCAUGCGACAGCCGUACGCGCUGCAUUUAGACUGUGACACGGAAACACACGCUCACAGCGGAAUGCUGCUGGAACCUUCGGGCCGGGGGGUAUAUAAGCAGCAGGGACGUCCAGACAUCAGACACCGCAGACCCCAAGCUGUGACGAUCAACAAACCAGAGGAAGCGGGAUGUUGUGCCCCAGCGUCUUCCAGCCAUCCGCCGCCCUGAGGCCCUUCGUGGACGCCCACUGGCCCAUCCGCAGCCUGUGGCCCGAGACCAGGCCUCUCUUCUACCACAUUGAGCAAGAGAUGCUGCGCCACGUGCAGGAGAUGAGGCAGAACAUGGAGUACAUGGAGAGGCUGCACCAGAAGAUCUUUGAGGAGAUCGACCACACGCCGGCGACGGCCACCUUCAGGCCCAUCGCGUUCCGAGAGCUGAGACCCGACGGGGGCAGCUUCGCGCUCAGCCUGGACACCCAGGAGUUCUCCCCGGAGGAGCUGUCCGUGAAGCAGGUGGGCCGCAAACUGAGGGUGAGCGGAAAGACGGAGAAGAAGCAGGACGACGGGAAAGGCUCCUACUCGUACAGGUGUCAGGAGUUCAGGCAGGAGUUGGACCUGCCGGACGGCGUGGACCCCGAGACGGUCACCUGCUCGCUGGUCGGGGGGCGGCUGCAGAUCCAGGCGCCGCGGGAGAAAGUGGCCGUUGACGGGAAGGAGCGAGUGGUGCCCAUAAACGUGGCCUCGGCGCCGGCCAUCGCGCCGGCCUCGGCGACGUCCUCCGAGGUCGACUGCCCCUCAUCUGCGGAGAACUGACAGAGUGACGCGCAUCCGGUGGAGUUUGCGUCAUCUGAUGGACGGAACAUGCUUUGGGACAAGCUUUCUAUUUUCUGAUGUUUUAGCCAGGGAUUAUGAAUUGUGUCAACAAUUAAAAAAAAAAAAGCACCAAGUCACAUUCUAUUUCUAACUAUCGCCGAGAACAUUCUUUUC